AUGAGCGUUCAGGUGCAGUCUGCAACUGACCCAGGUCUCACACUGUCCAAGGACCGUUGUGAACCUGGCUCUGUCAACAUUCCGCUAUGCAAAUGGCCAAAGACGGCGGAAUCUACGUCUAUCGAUCCUGAUGCCGUUGCUGCAAAGAUUAUCGAGUCAGUCAACGCUGCUCUCGAGAACGACGACACAAAAUCCAUUGCUGAGCUGUUUCUUGAGGAUGGCUAUUGGCGGGACCACCUCGGUCUCUCCUGGGACCUGCGCACAAUCAAAGGAAAGGACAAACUCACAAGGUUCCUUGCCGACAACGGAUGUCCUUUGACGAAGCUUGAAAUCGACAAGGCUACAGCUUACCGUUCACCCCAACUGGGAUCUUUCGACGGCACAGGGGAUGUGAAGGGCAUUCAGUUCUUCUUCAAUUUCACCUCCAAAGUUGGAGCCGGACAAGGCGUCGCUCGCUUGGCCGAGAGAGACGGACAAUGGAAGAUUUUCACUUUCUUUACCACUUUACGUGAAAUUGCGGGCCAUGAAGAAAAUACAGGCCCUAGAAGACCGAAAGGAGUCGAGCAUGGCGAAAAGAUAAAUCGAAAGAACUGGCAGGAGAGGAGACGUGAAGAGAUUGAAUUCAAAGACCGGGACCCCGUCGUUAUGAUUGUUGGCGAGUACAAACCAACUACUUCAGAUCAUUGA